GAGUGCAGAGCAGAUAAGAUUUUCACAAAACCAGAGCAAGAUGACAGAAAACUGGAUAAGAAACAGCGCCGGCGAACUCUCGCCUUUCUGAUCCUUCUUUUUUAUCACUGCACAAAUCCAUCUCCUGGGUAAGCUUCUUCUCCCUGUGUUCUUUUCUACUGUCUAGAGGCCCAUCCAUUUGAAACACCCACCACUGCAAAAACUCCCCCUUUUCGAUAAUCCUUUUGACAACCUUCUUGGGAUAGUUUUUUGAGUAUUGGAUGGUUGUUUAUUGGGAAAUAGGUUUAGGUAUGGAUAUGAGGGUACAUAGAAAUCAUGCCCAUGAUGGGUUUUGUUCAUUUCAACAUUUUCAUGGAGAAAGCAUAAGAAAUGGUAGUUAUUUUAGAGCUAGGGUUAAGGUUAGUGUUGGUGCCAACUUGAAUUAUAUGAAAGGCUGUGUGGGCUGCAAAGCUUGCUUUGUUGUUCAAUCUGCAGGUGGUGGUACAGGGUUUAGAAAACCUCAGGGGUUUCAGAAGAAGAGGCAAAACACAGUUUUUGCUAUUUCGAAGGUUGGAAGUUUUAGGAUAAUUGGUAAAUCACGAAAUUUUCAAAGUUCCUCCCCCAAUCAUUACGCAAAUGGUCAAGUGAGUCAGGCGAGUUCUUCACAAAAUAUUGAGGAAACUGAGAGCAAUAAUCAACUCCGGAAAUUGGUUAGAACUGGUGAACUAGAAGAUGCAUUUAGGAUUCUUGAGAGCAUGGUUUAUCGGGGUCACAUUCCUGAUAUUAUAGCUUGCACAAGCUUAAUUCGUGGGUUUUGUAAGAAAGGAAAGACUAGGAGGGCAUCUCUAGUUUUGGAAAUUAUUGAAGAUUCGGGAGCAGUUCCUGAUAUUAUUACUUAUAAUGUUUUGAUUGGUGGAUAUUGCAAGGCUGAGGAGAUUGAUAAUGCUUUGCAGCUUUUGGACCGAAUGAGUAUUGCUCCUGAUGUUGUUACUUAUAAUACGAUAUUGCGUAGUUUGUGUGAUAGUGGGAAGUUGAAGCAAGCAAUGGAAGUUCUAAAUCGACAGUUGCAAAGGGAAUGUUAUCCGGACGUGAUUACAUAUACAAUUUUGAUUGAAGCAACUUGCAAGGAUAGUGGUGUUGAGCAGGCCAUGAAAGUCUUGGAUGAGAUGAGGAGUAGAGGAUGUAAACCAGAUGUUGUUACUUUCAAUGUUCUUGUCAAUGGAAUUUGCAAGGAGGGGAGAUUGGAUGAUGCAAUCAAGUUCCUAAAUGACAUGCCAUCAGUAUAUGGAUGCAAUCCUGAUGUGAUCACUCAUAAUAUUAUUUUGCGUAGCAUGUGCAGCACUGGCAGGUGGAUGGAUGCUGAGAGAUUAUUAGCUGAUAUGGUUCGCAAAGGCUGUUCUCCUAGUGUUGUUACUUUCAACAUCUUGAUUAACUUCUUUUGUCGAAAGGGUUUAUUAGGACGAGCAAUUGGCAUAUUGGAGAAGAUGCCAAAGUAUGGGUGUACUCCAAAUUCAUUAAGUUAUAAUCCAUUGCUUCAUGGAUUCUGCCAAGAAAAGAAGAUGGAAAGGGCAAUUGAAUAUUUAGAGAUAAUGGUAUCUAGGGAUUGCUACCCAGACAUUGUUACCUACAACACUUUGCUAACAGCGUUGUGCAAAGACGGGAAGGUUGAUGUUGCAGUUGAGAUACUGCAUCAGCUAAGCAGUAAGGGCUGCUCACCUGUGAAGAUCACUUAUAAUACGGUAAUUUGUGGGCUAUCAAAGGCAGGGAAAACAGAAGAAGCUCUGAAACUUCUGGAUGAGAUGCGCAGCAAGGGUGUAAAGCCUGAUAUUAUUACAUACUGUUCAAUUGUUACAGGACUCAGUAGGGAGGGAAAAGUUGAUGAAGCAAUAAAAUUUUUUAAUGAGUUGGAAAAAAUGGGUGUCCUGCCAAAUGCUAUCACCUACAACGCUAUCAUGUUGGGCCUUUGUAAGGCUCAAAAGACUGAUCGUGCAAUUGACUACUUAGCUCUUAUGGUGAUGAGGGGAUGUAAACCCACUGAAGCAACAUAUACCAUUCUCAUUGAAGGCAUAGCUUACGAGGGAUUAGCUAUGGAGGCUUUGGAGUUAUUGAAUGAGUUGUGCUCCAGAGGAGUUGUGAACAAAAGUUCAGCAGAGCAGGUGGCUGUCAAGAUGUAGGCAAGUUUGCAGGCCAUUUUCAUUCUUAGUUGCUGGACAGUGGUAGUUGCUGCAAUGGAGAUUCUGUGCACCAGUUCUGUAUUGUAAGUUAUGUCUUGAGAACCUAUUGUUUUCCUAUUUUUCUCUUAAGUCCAUGUCAUUUUAAAUGCAGUUUUGAUAUAUGGUCCUCAUAACUUGUUAUCUCAAACUUCAGCCUUGGAUUUUUUUCUCCCUUUCACCCUUCUCAGCCAGGGGUUGGGUUGUGGGGCAUGUCUGGGACCUCCAAUGAACUUUCAUUUGUUUC